AUGGCACAAAGUAAAGACCCUCUAACAGAGACACCAACUUAUAAAGAAGCUAUUUUGGCUUUUAAUAAAUUGGAAACAAACACAAUAGAUAAUCGUCGAACAGGAUUUGAAAAUUGUAAAAAAUAUCUAAUCAGAACUGGUAUAAGCUUGGAUGAUUUAAAUAGAGUUCCAAUAAUUCACAUUGCUGGUACAAAAGGAAAAGGUUCAACAUGUGCAUAUUUAGAAUCAAUUAUUCGUAAUCAUGGUUUUAAAACAGCUUUCUAUACAUCACCACAUCUUGUUCGAGUUCGUGAAAGAAUAAAAAUUAAUGAAAAUGAAUUUGAUAUGCCAUCACGUUUGACAUUUAUGACAGUACUGGCAUUUCAUGUGAUAUUAGCAGCAGAUAUUGACAUGGCAAUUUUUGAAGUUGGAUGUGGUGGUGAGUAUGAUUCGACAAAUAUUAUCCAGCAACCAAUAUGUGUUGGUAUAACAUUAUUGGAGAUAGACCAUACACCUCUUCUUGGUGACAAAUUGUCUAGCAUUGCUUGGCAUAAAGCUGGUAUUUUAAAGCCUAAUGUACCAGCUUAUACUUUAGAACAACAUCCAGAAGCAUUUGAUAUUUUACGUCAACGAUCAAUUGAAAAAAAUUGUAAUUUAACGACGGUUUCAGUUGAUAAAUUAAAAAUACUUAAAACGUAUCCACCAAAACUUGGAAUUGAUAGUGAUGUUCAAUUUAAAAAUGCUGCUUUGGCUGUUCAAUUAGCUGAGACAUUUAUUAAAAAAUUUAAAUACAAUAAUAACCAGAAAAUUGAUUUCGAUAAAAAUAUUGCCGAGGAAGCUUUGAAAAAUACUAAAUGGCCAGGACGAACUCAAAUAAUUCAUGGUAAAUAUUUAGAUAUUUAUUUGGAUGGUUCACAUACUCAUGCUGCCAUGAAAAAUUGUGUUGACUGUGACUCUGUUGAGUCACAAAAUACAUCUGUUACACUUGAUGAACAAAUGAAAAAAUGCGACAAACAUGCGGAGGCUUGGACAUUUAGUCCAGCUAUUAUUAAACAAUCUGUUGCUCAAGCACUUCAACAUAUACUUGAUGAUAAAUCAAAAAACAAUCAUAAAAUAAUUGUACUUAUUACUGGAUCUCUAUAUCUUACUGGCCCUGCUUUGAAUUUUACAUUAAAUUAA